GCGCUGCGGACAUGGCGCGGCGCUGACUGGCCCGGCCCGGCGAGACCGCGCGCCCGCUCGCUCGGACCCGACCCGACCCGCACCGGACCAGCUCCGGCUCCGGCCGGCCGCUGCUUCUUCCUUCGCCGCCCGCAGGCCCGCGCCGCCCGGGAAGGGAGCCCACAGGCGCAGGGAGGCCGAGCGCGGACUCGCCACCACGCUCCAGAAUGGCAGAAGACGAUACAUAUUUGGGAGGGCAUGAACAAAUGUUUCAUUUGGAUCCUUUGACUCAUACAAUAUUUAACCCAGAGUUAUUUCAACCAGAGAUGCCACUACCUACAGAUGGUCCAUACCUUCAAAUAUUAGAGCAACCUAAACAGAGAGGAUUUCGUUUCCGUUAUGUAUGUGAAGGCCCAUCCCAUGGGGGACUCCCCGGUGCAUCUAGUGAAAAGAACAAGAAGUCCUACCCUCAGGUCAAAAUCUGCAACUAUGUGGGACCUGCAAAGGUUAUUGUUCAGUUGGUCACAAAUGGGAAAAACAUCCACCUGCAUGCACACAGCCUGGUGGGAAAACACUGUGAGGAUGGGAUCUGCACUGUAACUGCUGGACCCAAGGACAUGGUGGUCGGCUUUGCAAACUUGGGUAUACUUCAUGUGACAAAGAAAAAAGUACUUGAAACACUGGAAGCACGAAUGAUAGAGGCAUGUACAAAGGGCUACAAUCCCGGACUUUUGGUGCAUCCUGAUCUUGCCUAUUUGCAAGCGGAAGGCGGAGGAGACCGGCAGCUCACAGAUCGGGAAAAGGAGAUCAUCCACCAGGCAGCUGUUCAGCAGACAAAGGAGAUGGACCUCAGCGUGGUGCGGCUCAUGUUUACAGCUUUUCUUCCAGAUAGCACCGGCAGCUUCACGAGGCGCCUGGAACCCGUGGUGUCAGACGCCAUCUAUGACAGCAAAGCCCCCAAUGCGUCCAACUUGAAAAUUGUAAGAAUGGACAGGACAGCUGGAUGCGUAACUGGAGGGGAAGAGAUUUAUCUUCUCUGUGACAAGGUUCAGAAAGAUGACAUCCAGAUUCGAUUUUAUGAAGAAGAGGAAAAUGGUGGGAUCUGGGAAGGAUUUGGAGAUUUUUCCCCCACAGAUGUUCAUAGACAAUUCGCCAUCGUCUUCAAAACUCCGAAGUAUAAAGAUGUCAACAUCACAAAACCAGCUUCCGUGUUUGUCCAACUUCGAAGGAAAUCUGAUUUGGAAACUAGCGAACCCAAACCUUUUCUCUACUACCCUGAAAUCAAAGAUAAAGAGGAAGUGCAGAGGAAACGGCAGAAGCUCAUGCCUAAUUUCUCAGAUAGUUUCGGCGGCGGGAGUGGGGCCGGAGCCGGUGGUGGAGGCAUGUUUGGCAGUGGCGGUGGAGGAGGGGCUGCCGGAAGUACGGGGCCAGGGUACAGCUUCCCUCACUAUGGAUUUCCUACAUACGGUGGAAUUACCUUCCAUCCUGGAACCACUAAAUCUAAUGCCGGGAUGAAACACGGAACAAUAGACACCCCAUCUAAAAAUGAUUCUGAAGGUUGUGGAAAGAGUGUGGACAGAGAGGCAGCCAGCCUCCCUGGGAAAGUAACUGAACCUGCAGAACAAGAUAAGGAGUCCAGCACUGGGGAUGAUGAGGUUACUCUGACGUAUACAGUGGGAGUAAAGGAAGAGAACUCUAGGUUUCAGGACAACCUCUUUCUAGAGAAGGCUAUGCAGCUGGCCAAGCGGCAUGCCAACGCCCUUUUUGACUACGCGGUGACAGGAGAUGUGAAGAUGCUGCUGGCUGUCCAGCGCCACCUCACUGCAGUGCAGGAUGAGAAUGGGGACAGUGUCUUACACUUAGCAAUCAUCCAUCUUCAUGCUCAGCUUGUGAGGGAUCUACUAGAAGUCACAUCUGGUUUGAUUUCUGAUGACAUUAUCAAUAUGAGAAAUGAUCUCUACCAGACACCCUUGCACCUGGCAGUGAUCACCAAGCAGGAGGCUGUGGUGGAGGACUUGCUGCGGGCUGGGGCCGACCUGAGCCUUCUGGACCGCUUGGGUAACUCUGUUUUGCACCUAGCUGCCAAAGAAGGACAAGAUAAAAUUCUCAGUAUUUUACUCAAGCACAAGAAGGCAGCACUACUGCUGGACCACCCUAAUGGGGAAGGUCUAAACGCCAUUCACGUAGCCGUGACGAGCAACAGCAUGCCGUGCCUGCUGCUGCUGGCGGCCGCCGGCGCCGACGUCAACGCGCAGGAGCGGAAGUCCGGGCGCACGGCGCUGCACCUGGCCGUGGAGCGCGACAACAUCUCGCUGGCGGGCUGCCUGCUCCUGGAGGGUGAUGCCCAUGUAGACAGUACCACCUAUGAUGGGACUACAGCCCUGCACAUAGCAGCCGGGAGAGGGUCCACCAGGCUGGCAGCUCUUCUCAAAGCAGCAGGUGCAGAUCCCCUGGUGGAGAACUUUGAGCCUCUCUAUGACCUGGAUGACUCUUGGGAAAAAGAUGGAGAGGAUGAAGGAGUCGUGCCUGGAACCACACCUCUAGAUAUGGCCACCAACUGGCAGGUGUUUGAUAUAUUAAAUGGGAAACCAUAUGAGCCAGAGUUUACAUCUGAUGAUUUACUUGCACAAGGAGACAUGAAACAGCUGACUGAGGAUGCAAAGCUGCAGCUCUACAAGUUGCUAGAAAUCCCUGAUCCAGACAAGAACUGGGCAACUCUGGCACAGAAACUAGGUCUGGGUAUACUAAAUAAUGCCUUCCGGCUGAGUCCUGCUCCUUCUAAAACUCUUAUGGACAACUAUGAGGUCUCCGGGGGUACCGUAAGAGAGCUGGUGGAGGCCCUGAGACAGAUGGGCUACACCGAAGCCAUUGAAGUGAUCCAGGCGGCCUUCUGCGCCCCGGGAACCGCGGCCCCCGGCCCCGGGAAGGUGGCGCCUCAGACCCUCUCGCUGCCCCUCUCACCUGCCUCCACGAGGUCGCCAGUAGGUAAGGGAAGAACAGAACCAGCCCCUGAGGUAACCUCUUGCUCCUCAGGCUGUGUCUCGGCGUCUUGGGCUGUGGCUGUCCUCCCCACCAUCGUCCCCUGUCCCGUGUGCCUGUCACCCCUGCAGCUCACAGGUGCUCCCCUCUGCGCCUCUCCUGAUGCUGCCAGUCAGGUGGGCUACUCUCCCCAGGAGCAGUCACAUUGACCCGGGAGUCACUUGGAUUCGUACUAAAUACUAAAAACAACAUGAUGUGGCUGCUUAAGGCUAAUAGUGUUUCUCUCACUUCUUAAAUGUAAAAGAGAAACUCACAGAGCAAGGCGUGCGUAGAGAGCCAGGACUGGCCCCAGACUGGGGAUGACACCGCAGUUCCCACCACAGCGCCCUCAGCUCCUCACCUCGGCCCAGAAGUGGCUUCACCUUCUCCCUGCGCCUCCUCCAGGCCCCCAGCACUGAGCCUCUGUCACCCACCCGAAACACACCACAGAACAGCACUCCCAACAGCCCAGUAACCCUUUGUUUCCCACCAAAUGUGUUCUCACACUCUCUCAACAACCACUCGGCGCUUUGUCUGGACCCUCCCUCUCUCAGUCCCCACCGAGAACACAGCAGCAACUCGAAUUCCCUCGUCCUUGAGAGACCAACAGUUGGCCUUGUCGGGCAGAAGCUCUGCCAUCCUCCAGGAGGUUAAGACAAAAAUCCGAGCCUCGCCCAUGGACACUUGCUGCUCGCAGUCAACACGCACGCAGCCCCCAGUCCUUCCCCUGGGACCACCUCUCUUGUCCAUCCACGCUUCAUUUCUUGCCUCAGUUCCUGCAGCAGCUCCUGGUCUGCCCCCGUCCCUUCAGUCCACUCGUGACACAACAGGAGUAAGAGUCUUUUUAAAAAGGAGUGCUAUGCCUAUAGCUGUUGUGGGCCUCCCAGUUCACCCGUCCGCUCACCAGAGCUUUAUUGAAUUCCUCCCGUGUGCCUAGCACUGUCUGAGGCUCUGAAGAUGGAACAGUAAGUAAUAAAGGCAAUGUUCCUUUAUCCAUUCUCUCUCGCAAAUCCCUUUCAUAUGCCUUUCCUCCCGCCCCACUUCCCUGUACCCCCCGUCCCCCAAACCUCCGCUCACAAGUCUAAUCCCAUCCUAGGACCCGAACCUUCUCUUCCCCUUCCCUGCAAAGAUCCUCACCUCGUGGCUCCUUCUUGCCCUUCAGUUUCAGCCCAAGUGUCACCUCGUCAGGGGCCUUUCUAGGAGAGUAAGGACAGAUGUUGCACACUUGGAAGGAGUAAUGUGUCCACUAGCAAAACAACCCUCAUCUCCUAUCUCGUGACCUGAUGCUCCUUCCACACAAAGAAAUAGGAAAAUACUUAUAUCUUUAACAUUUGAUUUGAUCUCUGACUUGUAGAUAUUUUUAAAAUUCCUCUUACACACAAUAGAAACCCAGUAAAGAUUGGGUGACUGAAUCAAAUCAAUCAAUAAAUCAACCAAAUUAGUAACAAGACAGUAGUGUGUCACUGCCAUUAAGGUCUUUAUAUUUUAAUACUGGAACUGAAUAUACAAGAAGAUAGCAUUUUGAUUUGUGUAUAUCAGACUUUGUUUCUUUGAUCACUUUCUAUAGGAAAUAAUUCAACAUUGUUCAGAUCUCUGAAGACACUUGUCAACAAGGAGAAUGUGACCUAAUUGUUCAUCACAGACUCCUUUUCAUCAUAAUCACCUUAUCUUUUUUUCUGCUACCGGAAGGUUUUUGAGGCAAUGUGUAGCAUUUACUAGCACGUGAGGCCCAGAGAGAUACCUCAUUUUUAGUUCCUACUUCAGUCACGCAUUUAUUUUGCCUGGGUUCAGCAAUUUCCCCAGCUGGAAAAUAGGUAAUACAGUGGUUGGAAAAAUAGACCUGAUUUCUAAGAAAAAAAAAAGGCCCACCAUGAGUUAGGAGAAAUCAGAAAGGAUUCUGAUAAACGUGAUGGUAAGAAAGAGAUUUGAAAACAUUUGCCUAAUUUUGAUGUCUUCCUGGUUUUUCUGUUGCUCGGGGCUCUGCCUCCCUCGGCCGACCGCGAGCACAGUAACGACAUAGUGACAGGCCAGUGGCACGGCAGGGGGUGGA